AUGUCUCUUAUAUAUGGUCUAGUUGCUAGAGGCUCAGUCAUACUUUCUGAGCACAUGAACAGCAGUGGAAACUUUGCUACUGUCACUCAAGCUAUUCUUGAAAAGAUUCCACCCAACAACUCAAAGCUUACUUAUGUCUAUGACAGAUACUUGUUUCAUUAUAUUUGUGAAGACGGCAUUACUUACAUGUGUAUGGCAGACGAUUCCUUUGGCCGUCGUAUUCCUUUUAUAUUCCUGCAAGACUUGAAGGAAAAGUUUUUAUCAACCUAUGGUAAGAAUAGGGCGCUUGAGGCUCCUCCUUAUGGUUUAAAUGAGUUUUCUCGUGUUAUCGAAAAGCAAAUGGAAUACUAUUCAAGUAACCCAAGUGCAGAUCGAUUGAAGCAAGUUCAUGGAGAAAUUGAACAAGUAAAAGAUGUCAUGGUUCAUAAUAUUGAAAGAGUAUUGGAAAGAGGUGAGCGUAUUGAGUUAUUGGUCGACAAGACAGAUAAUUUGAAUCAGCAAGCAUUUGCUUUCAAGAAAAGAAGCACUCAGCUCAAGCGUGCAAUGUGGUGGAAGAAUACAAAGAUUGUCAUGUUGAUUAUUGUUGUCUGCUUUCUGAUUGCUUACUUCACUGCAACAUCCAUUUGCGGAUUCCCGACCUUUCAAUCGUGCAGAGCUUCUCCAUCAACUCCUCCUCCUCCUUCUGCUUAA